AUCCGCACCCCCUGCGCUACGGCGUCUCCGGGAUCCGGAUCCCGGAAACGGGUGGACGCGGGGUAACGCGCCCCCACUGCCAUAUAAAUCUCUACAGCCAGAGAGCCAUACAGAAGAUCCCCGAGCGAGCUCCUUCGCCUCCGUCCAUGGCGACAAGCUUCUUUAACCCUACCCCCUCAUCCCUCCGCGUGUCCUCCUUCUCAUCCUCCUCUGCUGCCGCACGAGCUCUUUCUCCCCCUUCCUCACAUCGCCCUCACCUCGGUCGCUCUCCUCCGUCGCGGACUGUCCGGAGGGCUUGGUUGGCCGGCCCCCUCCGUGGCCCGGCGCCGCCGGCCGGGAGGCUCACGGUGCGCUGCGGCGCCGUGAAGACGAUUGGCCAGAACGAGUUCGCGGCGGAGGUGCUGGGUUCGGACCUCCCCGUCCUGGUGGAUUUCGUCGCUGACUGGUGCGGGCCCUGUCGCUUGAUCGGCCCUGUCGUCGAGUGGGCGUCCCAGGAAUAUGAGGGCAGAUUGAAGGUUGUAAAGAUUGAUCAUGAUGCAAAUGCCAAGUUGAUUGAAGAGUACAAGGUUUAUGGCCUGCCAACCUUGAUAGUCUUCAAGAAUGGUCAAGAGGUUCCAGAAAGUCGAAGGGAGGGUGCAAUUACGAAGGUUAAGCUGAAAGAAUAUCUGGACGUCCUAUUAAGAUCUACAACAGUCGUCUAAAUCUGUUGGUAUAUUAGUCUUUUUUUUUAAGUAGAACUUAAUGGUUCAGAUGAUCUGUUAGUUUGCCAUAAGGCAUACCAUACAGCCUCAUGUUCCAGAUGAGUAGAAAAAUGAUUUAUUUCAGUUCAAUUUGGAGGUUUGUCCUGUCUUACAUCCAUAUUUUUCUGUAUAACUGAUGGGAUGUGUAUUUUUAUCUCCUGUAUUUUGUCAAUGAUAAGAAAUACACGGUAUCAUCUUUGCAAGUUA